AUGUUUGCAGAUCCAGUCUCUCGAGGUAAUACACUCAACCCUCAGGUAUAUCGCUCUGAGAGCCUCCCAUCCGCUAGUGCUGUGGCUGUGGCAGCCUUGGGUCCCGAGGCCCAUGUUGCGAGUGACUACCCGGCAGUCCGACCAAUGCGUUCAUUCACACUCGGUUGUGUGAAGCAGUAA